GAAGAAUAACCAAGAUUGAGAGAUCUACAGCCAUAGAGGUGGUCUGAUUGAAGUUGUCACGCAGUAGCGGCGAGGAAAGGGGAGUUCUUCAGUAAUUGGGACCGCCUGUAUUUAUUUUGGGUCGAUGGAGCCUACAACGUUUUGUCAACACAUGUCUCCUCAAUAGGGACUGUGCGUACAGCGCUUGCGCGUGUGGUUGGAACCCAACAAAUUCGUCAGAACCCUGGAUACCAUGUGUGCGACAGUAACACAAUUUUUUUUUUGUCGCGUUGUGGAAUUUAUGGAGUGGAGAAAUUCGACGUAAACGUUGUAUAUUUGAAGACUAGGCGGUGGCUGGCUGCUAGCGUUGUUAGGGACAACCGCAGGUGUUCUGGAAUGUCGUGUGACAAGUGAACUGUGAGGGUUCGUAUGCAGGACACUCAAGUAACACCGGUACCUUCCCGUCUUACACUUGCCACAAGAAACAACAGGAGCGAUCUUGAAGGAUAUAUACUAUUCUAGUCAGGAUUUCCCUGCCUGGAGGCAUGAAGCCGAUCGGAGGUAACCAGGAUAUGCGGGUUGAGGGUUUCGCGGCAGGGCUAAGGAGAGACAUGAGGAGGGUCGCCAGCGUACGAGUGCAGACGACACAACACGGAACUCGCCCGUACCACAGCAUGCUGCCUCUGCGGUGCCCGAAGUUGAGGAGGGCACAGUCUGCGGUAACGUUGGACGAGGUGAGGAAGAAGGUGUGGACGCCCUACGCCGUGGACGUGGUUGUCUCUCGGCUGCAGGAGUGCGGGAUAUCCGCAGACGACACGGCGGCCAUGCUGUGGAAACAGCGGCACGACGACACGCUACACGACCGAGAACAAACGCCUGCUAGCCGCGGACACGACCCGAGCGUGGUGCAGGGGGAGGGAGAAAAUAGCGCUGCGCCGAACUCAAACCCUCCGUCACGGUCUACAAAACCUGACAAAAAUCUCCCAAUUUCUGUGGAAAAUUCUUCAGGGGGACAUUCAGUGAAGGAGAGUAAAACUGGUAGAAAAUUCGUCCGUGCUACCAGGUCCGCACCUGUCCGACGGGUUUGCCAUGUUUGCGGCGGCUGCCUGCCGCCCCAUAACAACGGCAAAAACACGCUUAUUACGACCACUUACCCAGCUUUAUCCACUACCCACAGCUCCAGAACUACCGGAAUAAUUCGUCCAGCGACGGCAGACGUGACAGAAAUUAAAGGAAUCCUAAAGAGACUGGACACAGAGGAAGAGAGUGUGAGGUCUCAGUCGUGUCAGUUUCCGGAUCGAGAGGUCACAUUUCGUCUCGACCCGGCACAUUCCGACAGACCAGGUGAAAACUUCCAAUGCUCGUGCGGUAACAGGACGUCGUUCGAAGUGCUGUCAGCCUCGCCAGGCCGGCAACUGAAGAGAGAAAACGGACGGUACAAGCCUUGUACCAUGACUAUGACAUUUCCAGGCCGUAAAAUGUGGAAUCUAGACGACUGUACACCGCAGUUAGGGCAGACAUACUACGCUUACAGAGCGCAGAGACUCAAACAACAAGGAGAGCUACGAAAAGCGAUAGAGGAGGAGAGAAGACUGCAUUUUGCUAGGGUCGCAGGCGACAGGACUGACCCACAAAAACUUACGAAUGUCCGAACAAAGAGUGCGAGAACAUUAACCAGGCGUUCUGUAUCCUCCAUGUUUUGACAAGCGUCGAAUUUCCCAACCGGAUAUGUCCUCUCACUGUUAACGUUACAACCCUUCACAAUACAGACAUGUACGCUACAAGCCUACGGAACACUUAGAUCGCAUGGACAGCUUUAUCUAGAAAAAAAUGUACUAAUUGUUUGCAAAUUGAACCCUGCGGUCUGUGUUUCGCCGUAAAAUAGCUAUUUAUCGAUCGUUAAGUGAUUCUUUAAGUGCUUCGUCCUUCAAAAUUUGACCUUCUAGUUAACCUACAGAACACAAGAUGGCGGAUAAAUAUGGCACAGUAGUGUUAUACAUUGUUAAGAUACAAUCAUGGUACUUCAAUACAUAUUUGUAGUUGUUACGUUAACAUGCAGUUGCAUUUAGGGAUCCUUAAUAAUUAUAUCACGAAUUGAUAAUUAUUAUAACAUUUAAAUUCCUGUUGGAAGAUUGGUUGCAUAAUCCUUAUACAUGGGAGCCAAUCAGCAAACUUUAGAGAUAUCAACGAAAAAUGGAAAAUUAGGGUUCCAAUUAACAUUGUAUCAAUACAUUUUUGUUGCUUGCAUAGUAAAUGUAUGAUAAAAUCGUACAU